AGAAUCGCUCCUUUUUACCGAGUCCGCUAACGGGUGGGGAGCAGCAGCCAUUUUUGCAUCAUCUCCUUAAACACAAUCCAACAAAAUGAUUAUCUAUAAGGAUAUCAUCAGCGGAGAUGAAAUGUUCUCGGACAUUUACAAAAUAAUAGAAACUCCAAGUGGGAUGUUGAUAGAAGUUGAGGGGAAGAUUAUCAGCAGGACAGAAGACAUUGAUGAUUCCCUCAUUGGUGGCAACGCUUCUGCUGAAACACAGGACGAGGGUUUUGAAGCAACCACACUCAGUGGUGUGGACAUUGUUUUAAACCACAAGCUACAUGAGACCUCUUUCUCUAAGGAGUCUUACAAAGUCUACAUCAAAGACUACAUGAAGGCAAUCAAGACAAAGCUGGAGGAGACCAACCCUGACAGAGUGAAGCCCUUCAUGGCUGGAGCAUCAGCUGAGAUCAAAAACAUCAUGGCGAACAUAAAGAACUUCCAGUUUUUCACAGGAGAAAGCAUGAACCCAGAAGGUAUAGUUGGUUUGUUAGACUUCCGUGAGGAUGGCGUCACCCCCUAUAUGACUUUCUUCAAGGAUGGCCUUGAGAUUGAGAAAUGCUAACACACACACACACCCCAAUCUUCAUUGGCUGCUGCUUCCCAAGACUGGCUCAAGAUCACGGACUGGACUUUGUCAUUUGCUUUUUUGAUUGGAAUGACAGCAUUAUUUUAAACCUGUUUUUAUAUAAUAAAACAUUUUGGCUCACAAAUUUCCAUCAGUCUGUAUGGCCUGCAUUGCAGAUACUGGAUGCUGUCAGAAGACACUACUGUAUUUGAGAUUGAUGGUGUGAAACUGCUGUGUAAUGUUUUUCCGCAAGGACACUGCACUGUGUUGCUCCUUCAGUCCACUGUCGUGGCAUCAUGCGUUUGCUCUUCAGUUGUAUCAGAUGUAAAGCCUGCCCCCACCCAAAGGACUGUUCAGGAUUACAUGAAAUGUAAAUAAUAGAAUAAAUCGCUGGACAACGAUACCGUCUCCUA